CUUUGCGGCGCUCGGCGGCCGCGGGGGCUGCCGGGAGUUGUAGUCCCCAGCGGGGAGCGCGCGGGCCGCAACCGUUAAACGCAUGGAGACCUCGGAGGGGGGUGGGGUGGAUGGGUGUCCCGUGCUGCCGCUUGCCAACGGCCGGAGUAUCCCGGUGCUGGGGCUCGGUACUUCCCAUCAAGGCGGCUAUUCCCAUGAUGCUGUGGUCCAUGCAUUACAAAAAUGUGGCAUUCGUCAUAUUGACACAGCAAAAAGAUAUGGAUGUGAAUCUCUCCUCCAGAAGGCCAUCAGAGAGAGUGAUGUGAAGCGAGAAGACCUCUGGAUAACUACCAAACUGUGGCAUAGUGAUUAUGGCUAUGAAAACACAAAAAAAGCCUGCUUGGAGUCAUGUGAAAGGCUAGGUGUUGAAUAUCUUGAUCUUUAUCUAAUACACUGGCCUGAUGCACAUGUUCCAGGUAAAAGCAAUCGAGAGGUCCGAGCUGAAACCUGGAGAGCAAUGGAGGAGCUCUAUGAGAAAGGUUUGUGUAGAUCAAUUGGUGUAAGCAACUUUCUUAUCAGUCAUCUUGAGCAACUAAAGGAAGACUGUGUGAUUACUCCACAUGUUAAUCAGGUUGAAUACCACCCUUUCCAAAGACCUCAGGAGCUGGUCGAUUAUUGUAGGAGCAGAGAUAUUGUUUUUGAAGGCUACUCUCCUUUAGCCAAAGGUGAAGCACUCACUCAUCCUAGUGUCAUUCAGCUGGCAAAGAAAUACGGCAGAACUCCAGCACAGAUUUGCAUACGCUGGAGUAUACAGAAUGGGAUUGUCACUAUUCCAAAGUCCACAAAAGCAGAAAGGAUACAGGAAAACUGCAAGGUGUUUGAUUUUACAAUAGCAGAAGAUGAUGUUGAAAUUCUGAAUGGAAUGCAUGAUGGGAGACAUGUUUCCUGGGACCCAAGCCUUAUUGUGUGAAUGAAGGCAAUUCCAGAGUCAAGUUCUCAGAGGAGCUGUAUAUACCCUGGAUUUCUGUAGUGUCUCUCAUAGAAGUACAGGCUUCCUUAACACCGGACCUGGCAGUUGGGAGGUACUAAGAGUAGAGUUCUUGUUCUGUUGGUGGGGAUGGCGUAUAACCCUGGUGUAAAUCACCUCACUAAACACUUACCAGCAUACUUUUGGCAGAGUUGGCUGGACCAACCUGAAUUGUGUUUCAGCCCUUGUAAGCAGGCUACAACCUGUGCAGCUGCGCCAUGUUAACCUAUCAUCUCUGAGGUUUUAGACAGCCUUCAGCGCAAAUCCAGCUGAUCUGGCUUCAUUUGCCUGAGAAGAAUGAAGCUGUAUUUCAGUUUCCUCUCUGCUGAGAUGUCAAGAGGGCUGGCUAUAAAUGUGUGUGGUCAUCUAAUUUUAAUGAUGCUUUUUGUGAUACAAAUACCCAAAUACUUGGAGUGGAACUGAAAUUGCCCAUGUAUUUUACACAGCCUGUGACAAAUAAUUUGUUGAAUGUCACAUCUCUAGCCCUCCCAGUUGGUUAACCAAUAACCUAAACAUGAAAGCCUGUACAUUGGACUGCUGAAACCCUGAGUCAUUCCAUCCUUUAAUUAAAACAUGUUCCUUUAAUAUGUUCUUGCUUAAAAUUAUGUGAGAAUUAUUUCCUAGAGGAAAAUGCCUAAUGAAUGCACUUUUAUAUUUAGUAUUUUCUAUAAAUUAGCUAUAUAAGGGGGAAAGCUUGAAAUAUCUAGGGUAUGUCAGGCAGUUGCAGGGGAUGCAUAUGUCAACCUCAAGCAUGAUUUAUCUUACAUGCCCUUUCUGACAGUUGUAAUUUAACGGCUGCAUUUUCCUCCAGGCUCUCAGGAGGCUAAACAUCUUUUCAAGUUUCUAGCUUUGUGGUGGAAGAGUAUAUGUCUGUUUGCCAGUUUAAUUUAUCUGAGUCAUUCUGGGAGAGGCGUGGAGCAAUUGAAGCAUGACUAUUAGCAUAAAUAAGAGAGGGACUCUCUACCCUCAGGAAGAGUUACUCUUGCCAUCUUUCAGAGGAAAGCUGCUUCCCCAUAACAACUGCUACUGCUAAUUGACUGGUGCGAUGCUGUGAAUUGGAAGACCUAAUAGACCUAAUAUAUUGUGUUCUGGAUAUUCUUUUGCAUUUCAAGUUGAAGUGGAGUUAAAUAGAACAGAGCAAGGAAGGAAGAGGGAAAUUUCUGCAGUAAGCACAACAGUAGAUUCACCACAGAGCAUUUCACAUACACGGAGGUGGUUUUUCUUUUAAAAGUUUGGAGAAGGAAUUACAAAACCUAAAGUUACUUCUCAGCCUCUAUGCAAUAGCAUUAUUACCACUCUAAGUAGUUGUCAUGGCUAAUUUUGUUUUAAAAAAAGAAUUUGAAACUUUUCUUCGUAUUUUCAAAGAUGUAAGUAUCGUACAGCAUCCUUUGAGCAUUCAAAGACCUUUUUAGCAUGCGGAACCGGCCCCCCAGGGUCGCGUUUGACAGUGGCACGAAGCGAGGCCCCCUCGGCCACGGGCCAGUGCUGACCGUCGCCUGCCCGGCCGGGGGAGUUGCCGCUCGCCUCGCCCCGUGGGGCCGGUGCGUGCUCGGGGGGAGCCAGCGGGCCACGAGUGGGGGUGAGGAGGGACACCACAGCUGAGUGUUUCUCUCCCAAAGGGGGAGAAGGGAAGAGCCUCUUCCAGGUAUUUCCUUAAACAUUACUUAGAAUGUGCCCGAGGAGGGAGGCGGCACCGCUGUGCCUGCUCCCGGGGGCAGGGAGAGGGGCCGGGGCCGGGGCCGGGCAGGGCGAGGUGGGUCCCGCGGGGGAGCUCCCCGCCUCACGCCUUCCCGGGCUUUCUCCCCCGGGUCUCCCAGGGUCUGUAAAAGCCCCGGCACGGCAGCGCCCGCGGCGGCUCCCUCCCCGGGGGCGGCGGGCC